CUUGGAUUUCUUGUGUGCACGUGACUAGUUGUCAUUGGCCUCACGCUCAGUAAUGGUCAACACACGACACGCCACCACUCACUCAUCAAAGAAGCGAAGCGAAGCAAAACAGAGGACUUUCCAUGUCAGCCACAAACUAACUGCUUAAGUAGGAAAAACCAACCAACGGUCCUGAUUAUUGUUGGGUUUCUCUAAUUUACGUACAAUUCUAAGUUGAGUUGCAAAAUCACCACUAGAUCCUAUUACCAUAUCCGAAACAAGCAAGAAUCAGACCCAGAAAUCAUAUCUGCUCACUUCACUUCCAUACAAUACCAGGCGUCGCAAAGAAUGGAAAUGACGAGCCUUAUUUCAAGCCACCACUGUAAUUGGUCAUUUGGGGUUCAGGAGAACCUUAACACAGGAAUGGGAUUCAACAAAGUUGUACUUCCUGGAUAUAAUGGUUCGUAUUUUCCUUCAAGAGGAGGAUUGGUUUUUUCCACUGGUAAUUGUCACAUCCGUUAUCACAGUGAUCGGAGACAUAGGCCUAUCUUUUCAAGUACAACAGAUGAUGGCAUAAAUCCAGAUGACUCAGAAGAUCCAAAUGAUGCAAAAGAUUCUUCUCCCAAACCUGAAACUGGAGGGGUGAACAGUGAAAUGCUUAGAGAGAAUCUUGAAAGACUUGUUGGUACAGAUGAUUCCUCCUUCAGUGGGAUAGACCUGGCAACUCUUAUUAGGAACAAGUAUGGGAGGUCUUACGACGUUCAACUCAUAAAGAAGGAGUUCCUUGGAAGAAAUCUCCUUGCUUUGAAUGUCAUGUGGAAGUAUAUGGAGCAGAGAUCCUUUCCACUGACUGAAGAAGAGUAUCUAUUGAGGCUUGACGAUGUGGCAAAUACCUUGAAAUGCUGGGGAGCUGUAUCGCAUAUCCGAAACAGCCUAGCAAAGCUCAAAGAGAGGCCUCGGAUAGGAAAGGCAGUGAGCAUUUUUAUCGAUAUGGACGAGUCUGGAGGGCGUGCAAAUGAAUGGAUUUACAAGUAAAUUGGCAAACUGUGGAGGAAUUUAUAAGUGAAGCAGAAGCAGUGGGAGUGAGUUGCCCACCCCCAACCCACCCAAUGUAUUUUGCAUCAAGCUAGAUUAAUUAGCCAAUACUUAUACGUCAGUCAGAGAGGGUUGUUUGAAGAUGAACACAAAUGUUCAAUAUUAUCAAAUCUGUGAUUUGUGCAUAAAUAAUUAGUGCUGGCUGCCUCACAACAA